AUGCCCCACGCUCGAAAUAGGAACCCCAGCCCCAUCCCGGAGGUAACAUGGGACACGGGACUGAAGGAGAUGAACGAGACGUGGAAAGGAGCUAUCGCCUGUCUCGGGGUGGCCGUCUUCUUCGUAAUGACAAUCGGGAUCAUAUACUGGCAAGUGGUGGACCAGCCCAACAAGAACUGGAUCCUCAGGGGGACUUUUAGCGGACUGAUCUGGGAGAGGAGAACCCACUCGCUGGUCAUACAGACCCUGGCGGAGGACAAGACCUUUGUGGAGAUAGAUGUGGGGAACGUGGGGAACCCCGAUGCCGAGGUUCCCUUCGUGAGGAACCUGUGCUGGCUGAACAAGACGGAGUUCUGCUAUACGUGGGACGCAGUGGCCGAGGUGAAGAUCUCGCUGGACGUGAAUGAAGAGACGGAGACUGAGUGCUACAGCAUGACAUGGGCGCCGGUGCACUGUCAUGUGGAGCUGAAGGACUGCUUUUCCAUGACCAAUGUAUCCUGGUACGGCGGAGCCAGUGUCCGGGGUCAGACCUGGCCCAUCAAUGAUCAGAAUGCCACCAUGCAGCCCUUCGUGGUCAGCGACCUGAAGGACAAUCCCUCCGGCUUCGGCUCUGCCCUGGAACGCUACUUCCUGGGUUCAUCAGGUGUUGCAGUCCUCGUGUCCCCCGACAUCCCCCUGCAGCUCGGGGUGGACAGCAGGCAGCAGUUCUGCCUGCAGUCGCUGCCCAGUAUGGAGCGUCUCCCACUCCAGUACACCGUGUGCGUGGCCCGCGACGUGAAGGCUGCUCACCAGGAAGCCGUGCAACAGCUCACCCGGCCCGGCAGGGAGCUGCCCAGCAUGAAAGCGCUGUGGCUGCCGUUCUGGAAGCUGCUCACCAACGUGGACUCGGGCCCGAAGGUGGAGAGGGAGCUGAGGAUCUUCUCCAAUCGUCUGAGGAGACACCAGCUGGGGGAGGGAGUCAUCAGCCUCAAUGAACAUUCCACCGCCCUCCUCUCUGAUAUGGACCAUGACUACCUCAGCGUCAGGAAAAGGGGGAUGUCCAAGAGACUGACCAGAGACCUCCCACUUGUCAAGCUUCUUAACAUUUCCAUCACCCUGUCCCCUUUCCUGGGCGUGGACACCACGCAGUUCCACACCUCCCUCGUGGACGGCACACAGGCCCACUGGCUCAGCCUCCCCUCAGCCCAUCAGGGAAAACUGGUCCCCGUGAUGAGUCAGUGGCGAGGAAAGUUCUGCGUGAAGCUGAACAUCACCAACCCGGGAGCGGUGAGCUGGUUCCUGGACAGAGUGGGCUCCCUGCAGGCCCUUCUGGGGAUGGAGUACGUCAUGCUGGAGGGGGGUGAGGGGAACGUGUUUGAGGAGCGGACCCUGCGGGCGCCACAGGAUCUGGGUGGAGACAAGUACGUCAGCCUGCUUGCUGACCUGGCCACGAGGAUGGGAGACUCCACCAUCGUGACGGCAGGGACACGGUCGAGCCACAAGCCGCUGUUUGUGAGGAUGACCCCCCUGCAGUCCGACUGGAGCCUGAUGGGCCUGAAGGGCAUCAUUCCCUCCCUGCUGCACCACACUCUGCUGGGAUACAACUUCCUCAUUCCUGAUGCAGUAGGUGGCUCUCUGUCUGGAGACCUGGUCACAGAUGAGGAGUUGUUCAUCCGUUGGUUGGAAAUCGCAGCCUUCCUCCCUGUAGUGAGCUUCCACACGCCCCCCUGGAUCUGCGGGGAGGACCGGGUGCUCAACCUCACCCGGGUCUACAUAGCAAAGCACCAGCGGGAUGUGGUCCCGCUGAUCAAAGAGUGCGCAGAGGAGUGGCGGAGGACGGGAAACCCCAUCUACCGGCCGAUGUGGUGGCUCAGUCCCAGUGACCCGGCGACCUUCACCAUCGAUGACCAGUUCCUCAUCGGAGACAAGGUCCUGGUGGCACCGGUGGUGGAGCAGGGGGCGGUGCAGAGGGAUAUUUAUCUACCUGACGGGGGCUUCCAGUGGCAGGACAGCCAGAGCGCUCAGGUGUUUGACGGGGGGACGUUUCUACGGGACUACCCUGUGCCCCUGGAGGAGGUGGCCGUCUUCUUACGGAGAAGCUGA